AUGAAAUGGAACUUCAUCUUCCUGGUUAUCUCUUUCACUUUCUGCCCAUUUGUUUACACUUUGCAGGGCAAUGAGUCUAUCUCUAUGGAUGCAUUUCUUCAAGAAACUGCCUUCAAGACGUUGGUUCGUCGCAGGCCAUAUACGGGUGCCUUGUACCGAGCUAGCCUCCCGGCGAAUUUCUCUGGUAUGGAGGUCUCGGUUGUCAGGCUAAGGAGCCGGAGGCUGUGGGACAAAGGAGCUAAUUUCAGUCACAUUGGCAUUCCAUCAAACACCUUGCCGGUGCCCCACGUUAGAAGAAUGGUAAUUGUGUACCAAGACUUCGGCAAUUUGUCUUCUUCCUACUUCGAAAUUCCAGGCUUCUCACUUCAAACUCCAGUAGUUGGAUUCAUGGUUUUCAAUGCCACAUCAAAUAUAGAACCGAAAAACAUCACAAAACUCAGCAUCAACACAAUGGAAAAUCCAGUAGAAAUUCACUUCCCAGACGUGAAAUUACCUUCAGGCAAAUCGUCGAACACAAGGUGUGCAGAGUUUGAUGAAAAUGGUAGGUUUCAUCUGACCCAAAUGGGCUCCUCCCUCAACGUUUGUUACUCGAAAAAACAGGGCUAUUUUGCAGUGGUUUCGAAGUUGAAGAGGAAGAAGAAGACGUGGUAUUUGUGGGUGAUUGGGUUUGUUUUGGGCGCUGGUGGGGUGGUGGUGGCUGGUUAUGCGGCCAUGGUUUCGAUCAGAGCUUUGAAGACGAAGAAGAUUCAGAUAAUGGAGAAACAAGCUGAUGAAGAUUUGGUUCUACAGAGUAGAUGGGUUGGCAACAGCAAAAUGCCAAGUGCCGCAGUGACAAGAACAAUGCCGGUUCUUGAGAAUUCAAGUUUUCCAUAG